GAUUUUGGAAAUUACCAAUACUGUUAACUUAAGACAGCUGUAGCAUAAACCUUACAUUGGGUGGUGGUCUAAUACAUUUGUUUAACACUGUCUGGUUUAGUGUAAGCAAAUUCCACCCUAGUGGCAAUAAUAAAAGAUGGCACCAAUCUAAGCUCGUCUUUCUUUGGCCCCAAAGUCAGUAUUAUUAUACUUCAACCCUGUAACUAAAUAUUAGACUGUAUUUACACAAAUUCUGCUUAAAAAGGCAAAUAUCCUCCCAGAUGUUGAGCUUCUAAGUAACGGCCACCUGCUGCCUUUAAUCCGCUGCGCUUGCCUCCUGUAUUUAACUCUGUCUUUAAUAAAAAGGUGUCAUAGCAGUGUGACGCAGUUAUCCCCCUUAAUCUUCAAGACAGCUGUCUGGAUUUAGGCAGUGAUGAUCAUAAUCCCAUUUGGCACCUUGAGGGGCUCGACAGAGCAAACACAAGACAGAGACACAAGCUCCACAGAAGUUUACCGACCAAUCGCAGGAGAUACAAGAAUUUAAACUUUGUUGAUCAGGAUGGGGAAUACUAAGAGCAGCGCUUUGUCGAAGGAGCUCCUGGAAGAGCUGAAGUCCAACACCAAAUACACAGAGGCUGAACUGUGCACCUGGUAUCAGUCCUUCCUCAAGGAGUGUCCCAGCGGGAGGAUCAGCAAGCAGCAGUUCGAGGGCAUCUAUGCCAGCUUCUUCCCAGACGCGGACCCCACUGCGUAUGCGCGGCAUGUUUUCAGGAGUUUUGACACUAAUGCAGACGGAACUUUGGACUUUAAGGAGUACAUCGUCGCUCUGCACCUCACCUCCGGGGGAAAGACUCUGCAGAAGCUGGAGUGGGCCUUUGGCCUCUAUGAUGUGGACGGAAAUGGAACCAUCAGCAAAAAUGAAAUCCAAGAGAUUGUUAGGUCAAUAUUCAACAUGAUUCCUGCUGAAGCACAGAAGAAGCUCCCCGAGGAUGAAAACACGCCGGAGAAAAGGGCUGAAAAAAUCUGGGCGUUUUUCGGAAAGAAGGAGAACGAUAAAAUCUCAGAGGGAGAGUUCAUUCAGGGCGUGAUGGACAACAAGGAUAUUCUACGCUUGAUACAAUACGAUGAACCUCAGAAAAUCAAAGACAAGCUGAAAGAGAAGAAGCAGUAGAGUACAGGCUAAAAACAGAGCAGAAACAAAACUCACGUGGUUCUAAGACUGAUUUUUGUGGCUAUAUUUUAACCGCUUUAACCACAUUUCUCGUUUUUUAUUGUAAUUAAUCAUGUUCAUGUUCUUUCUGGUAAACUAGUUAAAAAGUGUUUCAUUUUUUGUCAUUGCAAGUAAUAAGUAAAUAAGGAAAUUAGGCACAUUUGAUAAAAUAAAAUAAAAUAGAAGCUGAACAACUGUGCAAUGGAUCCAUUUUAAACAGUGUAACCGCACAGGUUAGAACAGGGAUGGCAGCGUGAAUGUUGAUGAAUGUUGGGAGUCAAAACAGUGUUCACGUUUAAUUAACCAGAAUCAAUUUCUUCACAUUUUUACUUGUGUUGCAAUAAAUGUUAUUAAUAACUCCUUUGUGGAUUCAUAUUCACACUUCACAAAGUCAUCCAUAGGCUGGACUGGACGUUUUUUGGCGUGUCCGUUUUGGUUUAGAUGUUGUACUUUGUGUAAACGAGCUGAUUACAUGCAGUUAAAUAUUUAAAUCACACAAUUUACAAUGGUCAGCGCACGAGUUUGUUCCUUAUUUUAGUUUGUUCAGUUUUGUUCAAAUAUGUUUUGUACGUUUUUUUGUGUAGUCGUGGCAGUGAACACAUUAACUCAUCAUUGGUGUAAAUGUUCUUUUUUGUGUACGUGAACAUGAAAACCUGUCUGUAAAGGUGUACAGGGGAA